CAUGGCUGCUAUGUGUCCCAGUGACUAAUCCUGGGUGAAAUCUCACUUUCUUAAGACUAAGGCUGCGUGUGACAGUGAGAAAUCUCAAGUGUCCCAGCAGUGAAGACUGUGCGAAAGAGAAAGUGUAAAAUCUCUGGGUUCGAAUGAAGGCUAUGUGUGAGAUUUCGAUGCCUACGAUUAAACUGCAGAGUUCAGACGGAGAGAUAUUUGAAGUGGAUGUUGAAAUUGCAAAACAGUCUGUGACCAUCAAAACUAUGUUGGAAGAUUUGGGGAUGGAUGACGAAGCCGACGACGACCCGGUCCCACUUCCUAAUGUAAAUGCAGCCAUCCUCAAAAAGGUGAUCCAGUGGUGCACACACCACAAAGAUGACCCUCCACCUCCUGAGGAUGAUGAGAACAAGGAGAAGAGGACUGAUGACAUCCCUGUGUGGGACCAGGAAUUCCUCAAAGUGGAUCAGGGAACACUUUUUGAGCUCAUUUUGGCUGCAAAUUAUUUGGACAUUAAGGGACUAUUAGAUGUGACUUGCAAGACCGUUGCAAACAUGAUCAAAGGCAAAACUCCGGAAGAAAUAAGGAAGACAUUCAACAUCAAAAAUGAUUUCACUGAAGAGGAGGAAGCACAGGUGCGCAAAGAGAACCAGUGGUGUGAGGAGAAGUGAGACGAGGCUUGUUUCAGAGUCGUUGUUGCACUACUGUUAAUACUUAAUGAUUCUCAUCCACUCAUUGCAUGACUUCUUGUAAAACUUAAAGCUAAACUUCAUUUUGGAGGUAUUGCUAAAAUUGUAAGAUUAGUGAUUAAACUGUGGUUUCUCUUUUUUUACUGGAAUUUUUCUUGAAUAAACAGGUUUUUAAAUGAUCUGCAAUUUCAUAUUUCAAAAACAAUCCAUGUUUGGCAUCUUUUAGCAAGUACAAAUAAGUGGUAGAGUCAAUGUGUGAUGUACCCUUUCAGUUUGUUCUUUUGAAGUAUGAUUUACAUGGUCAUGUCAUUUACCUAGAAGUGUUUCACACAUGCUGAAACCUUUAAGUUGCACGAGUUAUCACCUAUUACCUGGAAUAUUAAUAAACAUAUUUAAUGUGCUGUGAA